AGGAAAAAAAUGUUUUGGCCACUUAGCAUCACGUGAUACUAUUUUUUUUUGUUUUGUACCCCAUAUAUUUGGUGAGGAAAAAUGGAUGCUUUUUUAAAGGAAAUCCUUGAGCCGUCAGAGCAGGACACAUUUGACCACUUGACACGGAUGGAAACACCUUCUGUCAACAUCUACAGGGCCCUGUGCGCAGAGUAUGUGCUGCCCUCAGCCAACCUGGGUCUGCCCAGCCACCUCAUCCAGUGCCAUCACCCCUGGCCUGCCUACACCACUCACACGGCCCCCGUCGUCAAGAUGUUCGUUGAGCAGGAUGAGCGGAGGAAGGCUGCAUCCAACCUCCCAGCAGAGACAGAGCCGAGCAGAGAGCCUCAAGAAGCUGGUUUUGAGGAGAAAACCCAAGUGCUGUCAGAGCUGAGCAGAGGUAGCAGCACUCCCGGGACUGGGAAGGCCCCUGUAGGAAGGUCUGGGGCUGAGAGCAGUUUGCCAUCACCAACUGUUUGCAAUAGGGUUAUUUUUGCAAGAAAAUCUCCCUUCUAUGUGCUACCACGUAGCUCCCUGCCAUGUUCCAACAAGAAGAAAUGA